UUCUCAACGUGUCGAACUAUAUCAGUCAUAUUCGCUAUUGUUAUCUUGACGAUACAAAGCGAUAUCUCGAUCAACAUAACAUACAACAAAUAAGCAACUUGCUUGAGCACAGAAGCUAUACAAUCAUUUUCAGAAUAUCAUAUUCGUCUGGCACGAAUUAUAGACUCGAUCAUUUCAAGAUGUUCAACGCAAAGACUAUUGUCGCAGCCACUGCCCUCCUCGCCGCUUCUGCUGUUGAGGCCCACAUGCAACUAGUCAGUCCUCAAGGACAUACAUUUCUCACCACCGAUGGUCAGAACAGCCCCGGUCGUCCCCUAGAUGCGACCGGCAGCGAUUUCCCCUGCCGCAACCCAAGCCUAGGCUUGGCUUGGUCCGGUCCAACCAACUCCUACGCCCUCGGCUCUAAGCAACAACUCGCCCUAAAGGGAUCAGCUGUCCAUGGUGGUGGUUCGUGUCAACUGAGCAUCUCCUACGAUACAGCCCCGACCAAGGACAGCGUGUUCAAGGUUAUCCAUACAGUCCAGGGUGGUUGCCCAGCCCGCAGCACUACAGGCAACCUUGGUAACGAUGCCGAGAUGACAGAUCCCUUCACUUACGACUAUACCAUCCCAUCAGACAUCCCUGCCGGAAAUGCCACAAUUGCUUGGUCCUGGAUUAACAGAGUUGGAAACCGAGAGUUCUACAUGAACUGUGGAGUUUUGGAAUUGACUGGUACCAGCGGUGACAAGGCCAACUUCGACAAACUUCCCGAUCUAUUUGUCGCCAACAUCGACGGCGUCAGUGCUGGCUGCAGCACUAGCCCCAGUGGUGCACAGGGUGAUACUUCAUCAGACUUCGACCCAGUCAUUCCUAACGCCGGCGACUCAGUAGAGGACAACCUCAGCCUUGCAGUCGCCGGCGGAUGGGGAACCAGAGUCUUCGGUGCCACCUGUGCUUCCGCAGCUUCGGGCUACACCGCAACGACUGGUUCAGGCUCGGGGGCUACCUCUGUUGCCGCUUCCGCGACCAGUACAGCAGUCACCACCUCAGCUGCUGUUUCAGUCACUGCUUCGGUCACUGCUUCGGUGCCCGGUGGUGUCUUCAUCACCAAGACGACUCAGGCUGCUACUACCGUCGCGCCUGUCACUUCAGCCACUUCUGUCAUCAGCUCCGUACCAGCCACCUCUGCCACCGCUUCGGCUGGAAGUGGAAGUGCGAGCGGACAAACUAAGUCGGGAAGCUGUACUACGGAAGGCAUGUUUUCAUGCUCCUCUGAUGGCAAGAGCUUCCAACAGUGCGCUAGUGGUUCUUGGUCCGCUGUCACCCAAAUGGCUGCCGGCACUGUCUGCACCCCAGGUGACUCAACAGACAUGAAGAUCGCGGCAGCCGGCCGUAGAAUGGCCAUGAGAGCGCUCAAGGCAUAGAGCGAGACUUUCGUAUAGUCGAUUCUUUGACACGAAAUCAUGUUGGAUACUCGGGCGACAUCAUGGGGCUGGCGUUUUUUGGUGAUACCAUACUUCAUUCAUUCUUAACCUGUACAUAUUUAUUUAUCUUGGCGUGAGGACUGGUGUAACAACUUGUUGGAUAUAGCAACCAAUUGACAGUCGUUCAAUCAACAGUUUCAUUCUGUUCUCGUCUUGGUGAUUAAAGCAGCC